AUGUCGACCUGGGAUUAUUUACCACCGGAGGUCCGUGCCAUGAUCCUGGAAGAACUAGGAAAGCAUCCUCAGAAGGCUUCUUACGCAAGUGUUUCUAGGGAAUGGCAGGCCGUGAUCGAGAAAAGCACCUUUCAUCGCCUAAAGCUCAAGGAGAAUUGUCUUGAUGAACUCGAUCAGAUAACCGAGCACCAACGAGGAUUAGUUCGACAUAUUUGCUUGGAUAUCGAGCUUCCGACUUAUACCUGCAUAUGCUGUAAGCGGUUGGAAUCAGAAACGGGGAGACGGAACCAGAACAAACUUGCCACUCGGGCCAUUUGCAAGCUAUUUUCCAAACUCAGUACCUGGGAACCGACUCGGGAAGGGCUCACACUUGAGCUUAAUGCAUAUUCGACGAGCGAUAAAGAACACUGGUUGAAAGCAUGUUACCUUGGAACCUUGGAAGAGGACAGGCUUCUCGAUUCAGGUCUACCGAUAAGCACCAACGAGAUUGAUGAUCCGGACCAUGGCUGGGUUCAAGGCAAACGGGUCUCACUGCCUCCAAAGGAGGCGAUACGACGAAUCUACGGGGGUAUUAAUAUCAAAUUCUACAGGCAACUUCCCCAAGUACAGGCGGUCACCAAAUUCCUUCUUGGCCGACAAUGUCGUCGGCAGUGGACGCCGCCCACGUUGCAGCAAAUAUGGGAAAAACUUCCACGGCUGGAAGAAAUUGUAUACGAACCAUGGCGCCUUUUUGAGAAGCCCCUCCAGGAUUUCCAGAGAGACGGCCAGUACUACAAGAUGGUGACUUCGCAUCUGCCGGCGCAACUCAGAAAACUAUCCGUAUUUGAGGACUUUAACGAGACGCUACAAUCUGUAUUUCAGGAACCCGAACACACUUAUACUGCGUUCUUCCCAACCGGGCAAAGCUAUAUCGGCUCGUGGAACCUAGAUCGCGUAAGGAAGCCGUCUCGAGAGGUCGCCGAGGGCUUCGCAGCGAGGAGCCUCGACCUCGAAUACCUAUCUGUCGCAUUUAUGGCCGAGGCCCGGCAUUUCAUAGACGGGGCCAAGAAGACCUGGAAAUGGCAUGAGCUGCGAUCGCUCUCUCUCACGUCACGUCUGAUGGACCGCGAGUCCGAUUCUCAAGAAAUUUCGCAUUUGCUACGAGAUGCUGGAGCGGUCGCGCUUCUCAUGCCCAAACUGGAGACGAUGAACAUCUGGAGCGGUUUGAAAGGGGAAGCUUGUGCGUUCAUGUAUCGUCAAAACGACUCUUCUAUAACUUGGCGGGGAACCUGGGAGUUCGAGUUUUCGCGUGAUAUAAUUCAGAGGUGGAAGAAGGUGGUGGCCCGCUUUGCGAGAGAGGAGUUGCAAGUGAGGCUUCAGCUACUUGAUUGCGAGAUUUUGUCUCACGGAGACGCAAUCCAUCAUUUGAGUUUGGACUGCGUAAUUGACCCUGUGUCUUUGUUGCAGAUACGGGGAGAGAGUGAGCAAUCGUUUGAUGAAGAAGGAGAUGGGUCUGCGGUUUCAGUUGGAGGACCUUCUGGAUGUAAUCAAAGUUGA